CUAUGCCCUUAAUUAGGAGAGCAACCCCCUUCGUUUCAUUCACGCACGCUCAAUCAUCAGUCUCUCUCUCUCUCUCGACAAUUCUCCCCUGGCGACUUCCUCACCUCCCACUCCCGGCAAAUCUUCUUCCUCUCUCUCGAUCCUCAUGCUAGUUGUCGAAGACCACCGGCUAUUAGCUUCAACGCAGACGAUUCUAACUAUCGGCUUCAUUUUCACCUCUGGCUCUUUCUCGAUCGACCAGAAAUCAGAUCUUAAUUCAGAAUCAAUCAACACAGAUCUGAUCUACCUGGCUGCGGAUAACUGAUGGCAGGGGCGGCCUCUGCGCUGUUCCUCCUCGACAUCGAAGGCCGUGUUCUGGUGUGGUGCGACAACAGUGGCGACAUCUCUGCAUUUCAGGCCGAACGUUUCUUCACCAAACUGAUUGAAAAAGAGUUAUGCAGCCAUCAGUGGUCUAGCUGAUUCACACAAACCAAAAAUGGUUGAUGAGAUAGUAAAUAUUAGUCAACCUCUUCGAGAGCGAUACAAGUUGUCUAUGACUGAUGGUGUUCAACAAAUCUUUGACAUAGAAUACCAACCUAUUAAAGAUCUAGAUGCCCUUUCACCUGCUGGAUUGAAGGUUGCUAUUUCUAAUGUAAAUGUAAGGCAUGAGCUACUAAUGUUGGUUCCAGAAGUGUUUCAAGUUUAGGAGGACUGGUUGAGGAGCUGGAUGCAGCAAGGCAAAGACUUGUUAAUGAAGUCAAUAAGCCUCCAAGAGGCAAAAGAACAAGAACAUGAGUUUCACCCUCUUUAGCAACUAGAGCUACUCAUGUUGUAUCCCAAAGGGCAACUCCAAUACAUGUAAAUGUCCAAGGUACUACACCUUCUGUUAAUGGAAGAGUGGCAUCAAAUUCUUCAGUUCCUGGGAACACGUUUCAGUAUCCUCUAAUAAUCAAGGGAAUUUGUUUUUGGAGCCUCAAAGAAUCAUACCUCUCAAAAUGAUGCAACUCCAACACAGGUAGACAACCAAGCUGCACAUUGGUAGUUGUUUCAGCUUAAUUCAGUGCUUAAGCAAUUCGUUCAACACUCAAUGAGAUGGCAUCUUCCAGUAGCAGCAACAGUAACUUUGCAUUCUGGAUGCCAUGGAUCAAGAUCGAGAUAAUGAAAGUGGGAAGCAGAGUGCAAGAAGCUUUAGGGAGAAAAGAAGGGCACACUAUGAUGAGAAGCAAUCCAUUGUUGAUGGUGUUUUUUUAAACCAUGUAGAAUGUAGUGUUAUGUACACAAAUGAUAAGGCAUGUGAUGAUUAUGCAAAUUUCCUCAAGUUAAUAAUUUUGUUCUACAUAUGAAUUAUAUUUGCAAUAAUGUAGUGUUUUGAGAUUGUAUGGAAUUUUAAUGUUUU